AUGUCUAGACUAGAACUAUAUUCACCCGAAGGACUAAGGGUAGACGGAAGAAGAUGGAAUGAAAUACGUCGAUUUGAAUGUCGAAUAAAUACACACCCAAAUUCAUCAGAUGGAUCAUCAUAUGUUGAACAAGGUAAUACAAAAAUUAUAUGUACAGUUCAAGGACCUAAUGAACCAACAACUAGAUCACAAAGAAAUGAAGAUAAAGCUACAAUCGAAGUAAAUUUGACAAUAGCGAAUUUUGCAACUUUUGAAAGAAAGAAAAGAUCCAAAACUGAAAGAAGAUUAAUUGAAUUAAAAACUACUUUAGAACGAACUUUUGAACAAUCCGUGUUAUUAAAUCUUUAUCCAAGAACUAGUAUAGUAAUAAAUGUACAAGUAUUAAGUCAAGAUGGUGGAAUGUUAGCAGCAAUUACAAAUUCAAUAACUUUAGCUUUAGUAGAUGCUGGAAUUUCAAUGUAUGAUUAUGUUAGUAGUAUAAGUUGUGGAUUAUAUGAUCAAUCACCUAUACUAGAUUUAAAUAAUUUAGAAGAAAUUGAUAUGAGUAGUUUAACAAUUGGAGUUAUUGGGAAAAGUGAAAAAUUAGCUUUAUUAUUAUUAGAAGAUAAAAUGCCAUUAGAUAGUUUAGAAAAAGUUUUAAGUAUUGGAAUAGCAGGUGCUCAUAGAAUAAAAGAUUUAAUGGAUAUUGAAGUUAGAAAACAUGGUAAUUUAAGAGCUUCAAAAUUAAUUAAAUGA